GCUGCAGGACACCAGCACAGUGGCACAGUGGCUCUGGAUGAACAGAAAAUUCAGGUGCUCAGAUUUAGCUGCUGGAUGUUGAAGGGAGUGGUUCCCCAACCUCUAUAUUCUGGAGAUACUGUACGAUAACCCUACCGAUCAUGCUAUACUGAUAAAGUGUACCUCUACAGCGAUUACCGAGCGAUUUGGAAUCCAGCCAGUCAUUCAUAACACCCCACCAUCCUGAGACAGAAACCAUGUUUAGCUUCAACCUCACAACGCGGGCCACAUAUUACAAAGGCAAAUCCGUGCAAAUCCGCUUACAGACGGUCGGUGUGCUGUUAAGUAGAACCGCGUGAUGCUGAUCGCCGCGGCGUGGGAAAAAAAACAGGUUGAAAUCAGCACCGUGAGAGCAGCGGAAGUUCAUCGAGCCAGAUACACGUCCGGGAGACAGGGGUUUUUCUAUCUGCAGAGGUGUUCAGCAUCCGGUGUCCUUUCAUUCUGCGAAGGCCUUUCUCAAUAACCUGCCCCCGGAGAUCUUGGUGACCCUGCUUGACCUGUGACCUGUGAUCCUGAUCAGAGAUGGGACGGAAAAUAGACCUUUCAGGACUGACUAAUGAUGAGGCAGAACAUGUGCUCCGAGUGGUACGGAGGGAUAUGAAACUGCGCAAGAAGGAGGAGGAUCGGCUCAGUGAUUUGAAGCACGAGCUAGAGGAGGAGGGCACACGCUGUCUGCUGCUGGCCAAGCAGCGCGGCUUUAACGAGCAGUGCUGCAUUCGCUGCUGUGGGCCAUUCAGCUUCUUCCUCAAGCCGCGCCGCAUCUGCCUCGACUGUCGAUUUAAUGUCUGCAAAGCCUGCUGCUCGUACAGCCAGCAUGAGAAUGGCUAUGUCUGUGCAUUUUGCCACAAGAGCAGGCUCCUGAGGGCCCAGUCUUUGGAGUGGUAUUAUAAGAACGUCAAGAGUCGCUUUAAGAGGUUUGGCAGUGCAAAAGUCCUCAAGACCCUUUAUAGGAAGCACAUUAUUGAGAGAGGGGCAUUGUCAGAGUUUCCAGAGGUGAGUGCACCUGAAGGCAGCAAUGAUAACGAUGGCAGUGUUUGUGGCAGUGACUCUGCAAUCUCCAAGCAAAGUGAAAGUCACAGCAUUGCAGAGACUCUUACUGUUGCUCUACGUGUUGCUGAAGAGGCCAUAGAGGAAGCAAUCACUAAAGCAGAGGGCUACAGGGACAGUCUGGAGAAGCAGAAUGAAGCUCGAUAUCUGCGUGAACAUAGAGAGGAGCUUGUAGAAGAACUUGCAACCACAAUUGUUCAAAAAAUUAUUCAAAGGGGGAAGCAGCGCUCAGAGAUGCAAGCAGAGUAUGACAUUGUUUGGUCUCAAACUCACAACAGUGACCUGCACUCCCCUACCUCAGCAUCAAGCACACGUGACACUUCCCAGCCCAGUACUGUCACAGAGUCCUGUCACAAACACUCUUGGCAGUCCCUAUCAGCAUUGUCCCUGACUAGUGAGGAGUCCCCAGACAAAACUCCUGAAGAAGACAAGGUGACUGAAGCUGCAGAACCAGAGUCAAAUCUUGAGAUUUAUUCCUCUUUUCGGAGAGAGUCACGAGCGUCUAUCCUGGGGUGGAAAAAUGUGGAUCGUCUGGAUAACUCCAGUGCUUCCUCUGUUCUACAGUCUCCGGAUGGAAACUGGUUUGCCUUACAGACUUCCCAGCAUUCCCGACCGAGCCUGCUUACCAAACGGAAAAGCUUGGUGUUCAGUGUCUUAGAGAAGGAAUCUGGCGUGGUUUCGGCUUAUGACGAGAUGGGGUCAGAUUCAGAGGAUGGAGCAGAACGUGAUACCUGGGGUUUAGCUCUACUGCAGUUCCGUCAGCGUCUUUCAGAAGAAACACGAUCAUCAGACUCUCAGCGUGACACAGAACAGUAUCCACCAAUAACCUCACCCUCCUCUGGUCAUUUCACCAACACAGAGACCCUAAACUCAGAUUCUGAGAACUCAGUAGCUCCCCCAACUCGAACACACAUCCCUGUUCAGAAUGAACCUGAACCUUGCCCCCCCUAUUUGCCCUAUGAUCACUACAGGCCUGCUAUCAGGCCUCCACACUCACCAAGACUUGGUGCACUGGAUGUGAACUUUAACCCUCAGGUGGUUGUGGAUAGCAGCGAGGGGGAGGAGCAAGCUGAGCAGAUCCGAAGGUUGCGUCGUAGGAAGCGAAACAAACGAGAGACACCUGAACAGAGCUGUGUGCAGACUGCACUGUACACAGGGGAGAACAGCACUCUGCUGCUCAACACCAUGGUAAUGAAACGACAGGAUAGUCAAGAGAUUCUGAACCCUCUUCCACCUUCUACCUUUCAAUCGACAGACACUGUGACCUCACCCAAACAUGUGACCUCCACUGCCAUGACCCCUGAAUUUGUAUACCAGAACACAGUAGCCUCUAACUUUGUGCUCCCCAGUACAGCAAUGCAAAACAAAUCUGAAAAUGACACUAUGGACCAUGAACUGAGGUCAAAACUAUCUGAAUUGGUUGAUCAGAUCAGUAAGGAGGAACUGACCUCAUCUGAUGAUGAGCCAAUGCAAAAAGUCAUGGAUAGGCAAUGUUAUGGAGAGAGGAAGAAAGAAAGUGAUAGAGUCAGAUGGAGAGAGAGAAAGAUUGGGGCGCAUAAAGAGAAUAAUGGCACAAUAGAUAUGGAGAGGAAUAAAAGAAAAAUGGAGAGACUGAGUGAAAGAUGGAUAGAAAGACAGAUAAGCAGAGAGUGUGUGGAAAAUGAGGUGGUGAGACAGAGCCACAGAGAAAAAGACCAGAAAAAAGAAGGAAAUGAUGAUCUAGUGAAACAAAUGGAAAAACAUCUAGAUUGGGACAGACAACAAAAAUCAGAGAGACAAAUGCAGGUUGAAAGGAACUGGCAAGGUGGACAAGUGGAGACAGAAAGUGAGAAUGAAACAAAAACAGAAAACAUGAAUUUGGUAGAAAUAGAACCACUCAUGAUAACUCGAGUCAAUGGUAUGAGAAUGAUAGGAGACUUAAAAGAGAGCGAAACACAACAAAUGACAAUAAUUACUGAGCAAGCACAAGAAGAUAGGCUGGAAAUAAAAAAGAAUGUGGAAGAAGAACACAAUGUAAAAGAACAUUAUUCGACUCAGGAGAUGGAAAAUAGAGGAUUGCUACAGAGAAACAAUUCAGAAAGAGCUUCUGAAUCAAGUGCGGAAGCACACAACCACAGCACCCCAUCUGACCCAGAGGAGCAACAGUCUUCAACAGAGAAUUAUUCAGCCGCUUCCCUAUGCAGCAUCACCACAGAGGUUCUAAAGGUCCUAAACGCCACAGAGGAAUUGAUCGGGGAAGGUAAAGGUCAUGACCCCCAAGAGUCCCCAGCUAGGACACCACUCUCUUCUGGCCCAGACAGCAGAAAACUGGACCAGCACCUUACCAAGCUAGAAGAAAAUGUAUACUUGGCUGCAGGUACUGUGUAUGGACUAGAGGGGGCACUGAGUGAUCUGGAGGACUGUGCUCGCAGCAUCAGCAGUUCCACUACUGAAACAGAAAUGGCCUUCCUUGAGGAUCAGGUGGCUACUGCGGCUGCUCAAGUGCAGCAGUCUGAGCUACAGAUCUCAGACAUUGAGGCAAGAAUAUCAGCACUUAGAAAUGCUGGCCUGAACGUGUCAGUGUCCUCACGAUUUCCCAAGCUCAAGCCUCAGACUUUGGAUUCCUCACGUCACCAGAGAAGGAAGCUACCUGCUCCACCUGCCAUAGAAAAAUCAGUGGCAGAGUCAAGAUUUUUGCAGCCUUGACACUAACAGUCAGCCUCUAUCCUGGUCUUUAAACCUCAGCCUCAUCUAGCUUCAUCUUGCCAUUUCUGUCUACUGACCAUCAGGCCCACACCAGUGCCUUGAUCCAAAAAUCUGUUCCGAUACAGCUCAUAAGCCAUUUACCAGUUUCUGAAAAGAGAAAAAAAGAUUGAUAAAUGAAAGAGAAAAAUUGAGAUUUUAUUGGAUUCCAUAUAGAUGAAGUUGCCACCUCAUCCGUCACCCAUCCGCUGGAAGCAUACUGGGACUAUCAGUGUUUGCUUGGUGCAACUGCAACUUUUUUCUCUACUGGAUCUCACUCAAGAGCCCCUGAACAUUUGUAACUAUAUGGUGGAGUUUUAUUACACAUCUGUGUUCCAUCUCCCAAUGACUCACUCAAGUUUUUAAGCCUUAAAGGAGUCCAAACUCCUCUGCAAAUCAUCACAGAGUAUAUUUACAUACACACCAUUAAACAGAAAGUUUUACAUAUAAGAUGUUGUAAUUGUCACAUUGCUGUACAUUCUGAAAAUGUGUUGCUGAAGUGUUCUAGGUGUGUGAAUUCUGGUUCUGUAUGUCAGUGACAAAAAAAAUUAUUGUGUAUGAUAUGUGUUCCUAAAAGAGGCCAAACUGUAUUUGGUAAGAAUGUUAUAUGUGUGAAAUGUCAUGGUAGAACUAAACAAUAGUAACUACUGCAGGACCUUUUUGACACAGCUAUGAAACUUUGUUCAAUCUACAUGCAUUUAUACUACAAUUGUUGUGUUCAGUAAUUAUUGUGGAUAAGGAGGGGGGGAUUUAAAGCACUUCAUAUUUAAAGCACUUCCUGUGUGAGAAAUUAUUGGUGACACAGUAUUGUCUGUGAGAGAUUGUUUGUGAUUCAGAAAUAAUACAUUGCAACACAGAUUAACAUGACUGACUCAUACACACACCUUUAAUCUUUUAUUAAGUGUGUGUGUGUGUGUGGUUGGGGGGGUGUUAGCCAAGUGUCCACAAACAGGCUUAUAGCUUGUAUAGAAUAGGUUAGGUUCCACAAUUUUGCUCGAAAUUCUGAAAAAAAUAUGACAUUCCAGCCCCUAUUAAAAAUGAUUGGGGACAUUUCUACCACUCAAUGCUCAGCCAUUGUUUGUCUGACAUGCCCAUAUGACAUAUCGGACACACCUAUGCUGCUUUAGUACAAUGUCCAUUGUUAAAAGCGCAAUAAAAAUAAAACUGAACUGAAUACACCCUACAUUCUUAAAUUUCACUUUGAAUUCUGUGAGAACUGCAGAAUUCAGGCUCUGUUGAAACUGUUGGUGAACUUCCAGCAUUCACAAUCAAUGAGAAACAAGCAAAAAAUACCGUGCCAUGGCACAUAAAAACAAACCUUUACCGAUAUUAACUUGGAGAGUUGCUUUCUGGGUACUACAUUAGUACUACAUUGACAUCACAUGAUGUCACCUGUGACCCUGCCCCCAUAUCGAAAAAACAAUGUAGAACAAAGAAUUCUGACAUAAAAAUGCUCUGCUGCUUUACAUGCUUGGCACUAACCAUUUAAAUUCUUAUUUAUAUGAGACAACAUCCAUAGAUGUUGCAUCGGAAAGAAAAAUCAUAACUUCUGCUAAUUACAUACCUUCAGCCUAUUUAGCAGCUACACUCCUAAAUAAAAGGGUCCCUUAAGGUUUGUUUUUUUAUUAGGAUCAUAGAGAGGUCUGCUCUCCAAUAGGGAGAUCCUUUUUUUAUAAAUGUUUCUAAUUCUAUGCAAAUUAAAGUGAUUAAAGCAACAAAUGCAAAUAACUGUCUCCAAGGAAUUCUUUGGAUUAGUCCUACAGUACAGGGUUGUCUGGUUUCACCAGUGUCCUAGCUUUUUAGUUCCUACCUGUAUUUAGCACAUAUUCAUCCAGAAUGAAAAUUCAAAAAAUCUUGUGCAUGAUUUUUACAAGAAGUUGUAUUUUAGUAUUUUUAAAUAAGACAAUCUUAUAAAGGAAAUUUAAAAGCAUUAAAGGCUUUAAAAGUAUCAACAAUAAGCCACCACAGUCACCCACAACAAAUGUUAUGCAUGCAACAUGAUCACUUUCAGUGAUUGCUUCAGGCAUACAGUAUCAGUGUAGGGUAAUGGGUGGUUAGAAGAACUCAUAAUUCACUAUAAUAUCCACAAUCCAAGCAAAAUUCGGCAGGCCACAGAAACACGAAACACGUACAGUCCACCUACAUGUGGCAAAUGAUAUACAAUUCAGGAAGGCCAUACAAGUUAAUCCUUUAAUCUGAACUUAAUUAAAAAGUUAUGAGACUUCAUUUUGCAACCAAUGUACUUUUUUAGAUAUUGUAUGUUGUUUUGCUUCAGGUGGGUCUAGGCUGAGGAAGUCCACCUUUAAAAAUUAAAACUAAUCAACACAAUCUCAUAAUAAACAAAUUAGUUUGUUUUGUCAUUUAUAUAAGCAGACUUUCAGUAAUCCUCAUGGGAAAAAUUCUGCAGUGACAGAAGGCUUUAGGCAGUGUUAGGUAAAUAUAAUUACAUAUUUUUAAUUAUGGAUUUAAUUUUUAUUUCCUCACUCUGUGUUUUUGUUCUUUAUUAAUAUUAUGACACGUUUGGGUUUUUUGUUUGUUUUUUGUUUUUCCAUCUCAAAUAGGUCCUGUUCACAGUUGUCUAUAAUGAUGUCUGUGUAAAAAUGCAUGUUUUCUCUUAGAUGUACAAUAUUUGGAAGAAAAGGCACAGUCAAGAUGUAGAAAAUGUUUCUGUAUUUUUCUAUUGUAAAAAGAAGUUUGUUUGGAUGUGUUAGUGAUAUUCAGGAUGUGUUAGUAAGAAUUACAAGAAUUGUCAGUAUCGCAUGUUGUGUGCUGCACAUUGUGUGUCCAGUUUCUGAUGGUCCACUUGUUUUUGAAGAAGAAGAGAGAAGGUGAAGACUAGCAACUGCAUUCCCUUUUUCCACUUCAUUGUGUCAUUCUAAGCCAUUGCAUUUUCACAUAAAGAGAAGAAAACAAUCAAAGCAAUGAAAAUAUGCUCUGAUUUCUAUUUGCCAAAUUUGUUCUGACUGACAAAAAGAAGACAUGAAUAAAGUUUAUAUACCUGA